AUGACAAAAAGAUCGAUUGCUCAUGAAAAUCCUGCAUUUGUAUUGGAUCUACUAUCAUACACAAUCGACAGUAGAGAUGGAAUGAUAGUAGCAACGAAAUUAGACGAGAUAGAAAAACAAGAAAGCGACAAUGAUGAUGAUGAUGAUGAUGAUGAUGAUGAUGAUAAAAAUAAUGUAGGCUUUGAAAAAUUAUCUGAAAAAUGUGAUCCUAUUGGUUUAUUUGUAUUGAAAAUUCGGCAAAAAAUAGUUCAAAUAGUUGAAAAAGAAAAAGAUGCAACAACGUUUGCAGUAAAACUAAUAUUUAUUAUUGGUUUAAUAAUCUAUUUUGGAUUUGCGAUGAGUUCAAAAUAUGGCAAACCUGCUUUUCCUAUUGAUGGAAGUGUUUUUCAUGGAAAUUCUGGUUUUGCUUUAUUCUUUUUGGUAAUAUUCACGAUAUUUGUUGUUGCAUGGGAAAAAUUUCUUGGUCGUUAUAUAGACCAUUUAGUUGAAUCUAUUUCAAUAUCAACCGAACAGAAUGAACCAUGGCUUACAAUACGCAGUAUUAUGCAUAGAUUUUCUUGGGUUGGUCAUCUCUUAGUUUUUUUUGCUAUUGCUCUAUAUGUUGGAUUAACAGUAAAUCGAGCUCGAAAUUACGUUUCACUGAUUGGUAUUUUCACGUUAGUUUUACUUGGCACCAUCGGUUCCAAACAUCCUCAUCGAAUCCGAUGGGCAACAAUAUUUUAUUCGUUUGUUAUUCAAUUUGCGUUGGCUGCUGUUGUCAUACGUCUUGAAUUUGGUUUUCAAUUUUUUGAUUUUCUGGGAAAAGUAGUGUCACAAUUCAUGCAUAAUGCUGAUAGUGGAGCCGUCUUCGUUUUUGGAAAAGCUUACGAAGAACAUUUUUUCGUAUUUAAAAUCACUUCGAUAAUUAUAUUUCUUGGGUCUGUAAUUAAUGCUUUGUAUUAUUUGGGUGUUAUGCAAUAUAUUAUCGGAAAAAUUGCAUGGCUUAUGCAAAAAUGUUUAAAUACUACAGCAGCUGAGUCGAUGAAUGCAGCUGCUAAUAUAUUUGUUGGGAUAAGUGAAGCACCACUAGUGAUUAUGCCAUUAAUACCUAGGAUGACAACAUCAGAACUUCACGCUGUAUUAGUUGGUGGUUUUUCGACCAUGUCAGGAUCUAUUCUUGCCACGUUCAUUUUCUUUGGCGUUCCAGCAAAUCAUUUAAUUGCUGCUAGUGUUAUGGCAGCACCAGGUGCACUUGGCUUUGCCAAACUUUUAUUACCGGAAACACAUCAUUCGAAAACAACAUGGGAAACAGUGGAAAAUGUUCCGAGGCCUGAACAACAUAAUGUCAUUGAUGCCAUACUAACUGGUGCAGGAAAUGCUUUGAAGGUUUGUGGCUAUUUAAUUGCUAAUUUAAUAGCAUUUAUCAGCGUUCUUCAUUUUGCUGAUGCAACUAUCUCAUGGUUGUUUGGUCUUAUUCAUCAUCCGGAAAUAAACUUUCAAUCUUUACUUGGCUUAGUAUUUUAUCCAUUUUCAGUGGUUAUUGGUAUUCCAUUUCGUGAUUGUCUUUUGUCAUCGAAACUUAUUGGAAUAAAAAUUAGUUUGAAUGAAUUUAUUGCUUAUCAAGAACUCGGUAAAAUACGUAAAUUACGUAAUGAACUUAUAUUAAAUAAUACGUUUCCAUUAUAUUUAAAUGGUACAUUAAAAUUACCGAGUGAUACUCCAAUGCUAUGGGAGGAUUGUUCAACGAUUAUUUUAACAUAUGCUUUAUGUGGAUUUUCUAAUUUUGGUGCGAUGGGUAUUGCACUGGCGAUUAUGGGAGUUAUGGCUCCUACACGAAAACGAACUUUAACAAAAGUUGCACCACGAGCUUUGAUUGCUGGUUGUAUGGUUUCAUUAAUGACGGCAUCGAUUGCUGGUCUACUCUACGAUCCUUAUCAUGAAACAGUGCAAAUAUUAAAUUCGAAUUAUACACUUCUAUAG